UCGUUUAUUGUUUUGUUUUUUACUUCUGUUUAGAUUUUACUGUAUUUAAUAUUAAUCAGAAUAGAAAAAUAAAUGUUUAUUACAUUAGAAUAUCAAAAUGAUAAACGGGACGUUUUGAAAAGUGGACUUUUUGGGUCGAAGGAAUCAAAACCUUCAUCGUAUGACUCAUUUCACAAAAGUAAAUAAUGAUAAGAAGAUAUAUAGGUACUUACUUUAAAGCUUUAGCCAUUUGUAUACUACAAUGUGAAAGUUCUAUGAACGUUGUUCUAUAAAUAAAAAAAUAUUGAUCUUGAGCAAAUAUUGAAAAUGAAGACUUCAAGUUUAGUAAUUGAUGGCCAAGAAUAUGACAAUCUAUCGUUUACCAUUGGGUUAGGUCUUGCUGUUGCAUCAAGUGUGUUUAUUGGAUCUAGUUUCAUCAUUAAGAAGCUAGCAUUAAGGAAACAAAUCUCUUCUGGUAACAUAAGAGCUUCAGCUGGAGGAUAUGCAUAUUUGAAGCAAUGGAUGUGGUGGUUGGGCCUAAUUACAAUGGGGGUUGGAGAGGGGGCAAAUCUUCUAGCAUAUGCAUUUGCACCUGCAGCCCUGGUCACACCUCUGGGGGCUCUCAGUGUCCUCGUCUCAGCUGUUUUGUCAUCAAAAUUUCUUGAUGAGAAACUUAACUUCCUCGGAAAGAUAUCAUGCUUUCUCUGCAUUGUUGGAUCUGUCAUAAUAGUCAUUCAUUCACCAAAAUCAGAAGAAAUCAAGACUUUCAAGGAGCUUACACAGAAGCUUACAGACUAUGUGUUUGUUACAUAUGUUUCAAUUAUCAUUUUUAUGACAAUAAUAAUAAAAUUAAUGUUUGUGCCUAGAUUUGGUAAUUCAAAUAUAUUAGUUUAUUUGUUUAUAUGUUCUGCCAUAGGUAGUCUAACUGUUGCAUUUUGUAAAGCUGUGGCAUUAGGUGUCAAAGAAUCCAUUGUUGGCAAUAAUGUUAACAAUAUUUCCAAUUAUAUGUUUUGGUUAAUUCUUUUAAGUUGCAUCGUUUGUAUUAUGAUACAGAUGAAUUACUUGAACAAGUCCCUAGAUAUAUUUAAUACAAGUAUUGUCACUCCUGUGUAUUAUGUUAUGUUUACAGUAUUAGUUAUAAUUGCCUCUGGUAUUCUGUUUAGGGAGUGGGAGCACAUGAAAUUUGGGGACAUUUUAGGGUGUGCAUGUGGAUUUCUUGUUGUUAUAACUGCCAUCUUCAUGUUAAAUGCUUUCAAAGAUUUACAAUUUACUUUAAGAGAUCUCAAUAUUAAUGCAAGACAUUCAAGGAAUAGUAAUGAUGAGUUUGUAGUCAGUUUGUCAAGAAGUAGAAGUAGGUAGAAGGGUUCAUGACAUAACAGAUUCAAUUGGCAGUGCCAGUAUUAACCUUAAUUUACAUUAAUUAGGUAGAGUAUUUCUUUUUAGUUUAAGAUUGAAUUAAUAAGAACAAGAAGUACAUUGAUAGCUUAAAGCUUAAUAAUGCCUAUUUAUAUUUGUUAUAAAGGUUAGUGAAUUUGUAUAACAAAGGAUAAACCAUAUUUUUUAAUAAAAAUAAUAUCAUUUUUGUAUUC